UAAAAAUCCUCUCAAAACCAAUGGGUGCCGGCAAAAGUUGCAAAAGGGCCAAGCCUAAAACCCCUACCAAAACCCCUAUACUCCCAAUCCCUCCCCUGGGGACCCACAAGGCGCUUGUAGAUCAAAAGGAGUUUUGGCAAAAACAGUUGAAAGAAGUAAUCGCCCAGUUCCAACAAAUGAUCAAUUAUGACUCGUAUUAUAGAGGAUUACUGCAGGAACCGGAUCUGACCUCAGUUAAUGUUUCAGCACUGAUUACUGAGAAAGUAGUCGGAGAGCACCCGAAUUGACUAUGGGAUUACCUUUCUUUACUGGAGAGGGAGUAUACCUCUCCCAGUGGAGAGAAGUUAUUCCCAAAGCCUUUUUUGUUAGAUUCAAGACUCAAUGCGAGAAGAGACCCGUUGUUAUUGGCAGUAAAGAUGAGACAGCCUUAUAUAAUCAUUGAUUUGAUUAAGAGACAUAAAAAUGUUAUGAUUGAAUAUUGAAAUAGAAAAGUAAUAAAAAUUCAAUCAGGAGGCAAGGUAGAAGCCUUUAGAGACCCUGGGUGGUGGAGUUUAUUACAUGAAUUUGCAUUGAUAAAGCAAAAAUUUUGAGAAGAAGAGAGGGCAGUUUGAAGAUGGAUUGUUUACAAAACGAAGGAAAUACAAAAGAGCAAGGAAGGGAGCACCUUCCUGGAUAUCGCUAGGACUCAUAAAUCCCCUAACGAUGCUUUCCUCAGUAAUCUUCAGACAGGGAAAUCAAAUAAUCUGUACAUCACCAAAUUUUUACUUAGGAAGACAAGGCUUCGGAAAGAGUUGAUCUUAAGAGUGCUCAAGCAUUUACAUUAAUCAUUUUCAGUCAUAAUA